UAUUCCAGCGAUGUCAUGAUGCAAACCGAUGUGUACAGAUUUCCUUGCACAGUACCAUCUUCUUGAGCAUGUAUUUUGUAUAACAACACAAACAGAUUAAAGAUCAUUUAAGUAGAUAAGAACUGGUAUGAACAUAUACAGAAAGUCUUCAUGCGUCGUAAGAUGGUUUAAAAAGAUCGACAUGAUGUGUGUCGCAAAUAGGCCUAUUUGGAUCGAUGCUGUACUGUUUUAUUUGACUAAAAAUACAUGCUUAAAAAGAAGUAUUGUUUACAGAGUUACAAGAUGGCCGCUGCAUUAAAAUGAUUAUUAUGAGAUUUACAUUAACUUUGAGUUUACAAAUCAGCAUUACCGAGUUUCUUAGCAAAUAAUGAUCACUGUAGUCGUUUUUUAAUUAAUUUAUUUUUACUUUUAUUGUUUUUUAAUUAAGGGCUGUAAAGUUGAAUGUAAAAGUUGGUUUCAGCCAUUGUUAUUUCUGCUGUUCAUAAUGUUUCACGGAAUUUGCUCAAACCCAUGACAUUUUCUAUCUAUCAGUGAUGAGUUCAUGUUUUUGAGGACAUUUGUGAAGACGAUUAUGUCUCAAAGCAUCAGCAGUUCUCUAAUUGAUGUUGAAGGUUUUUUUUUUUUUUUUGGGGGGGGGGAAACAAAAAUGCAGUAGGCUACUUUGUAACAUCUUUAUUUUUGUUUAUAUAGCCUAAUUUGGUCAUUCUGAAUCUGAAUAACCAAAAUAAUGUUUGAUUUUGAAUUACAAUCACAUGGGAAAUUGUUCUGGAGAAGCACACCUUUUCUCAAUUCUUGCUCUGUGAUGUCAUCUAGUGACGAGAUUUGGUAACUGUGGUGAAAUUCAGUGUCUGUGUUUGGGUGUUCUCUGCAUGUGAUCUGACUGACUCAAAGACCUCCAGCAUCCCUAGAUACUGUGUUUAGCCGAAGUAUGUCUACACUGAGCAAGGAAUCGACAAAUGCAGUUUGGGAAUUGUUCAUGCUUUAGGUCUAAUUUUUAAUGUUCUUUGCUAUUCUUGAUUAGCCUAUUUAACGAUAUUUUGUAUUUCUCUGCUCUUAGAAAUCGACCUUGCACUGAAAUUGUGUAAGGUCCUCGUUAAUAAGCAUUUUCUUUCUUUCUUUCUUUCUUUCUUUCUUUCUUUCUUUCUCGUGGGCUAUGCUAUUAAUAAUACAAUAUAAUACGGAAAGAAAGAGCAGUCUUGUAUCCUCCCAGAGGGUGAGGAAAAACUAAAAUAAUAACAUUUACUUAAGCAGACAUUUAAUAUUCUAAUUAUAACGACAAAGAAUCGCUGCAGUCUUAAGAAUACACGAGAAUGUUCCAGCCGUCCAAGGGAUAACUCGCAACAAUAACGUCAUCGAGUACUUACGUACUGCAGCCUAUCGAUAUUCAAUAAUACCUCUAAAGAUCAAUUUUUAUUAAUUUACAAAACUGAUUAGUGAUUAAUGGUUAGCUUUUUUUCUGAGAGGUUUCCUUUCGCCUUAACUUGAAGGCUUAACUCUUAUAGCCUACGUAAUAAUUUAAGUAUUACAAUUCAAAGAAUGUUUAAUUUAUACUUUUUUUUUUUUUUUUUUUAAAUACAUUUUUAUAUUUCAAGGACACUAGACAUUACAAUUUGUAUAUAAAAUGUAAACCAUGUAAUUGUGUUAUAGGCUAAAACUUUGACGUUGUCUAUUUCAAACAAGACGACAACAAUGAACAACAUGGGCAGGACUGAAUUUAAAAUGGAAAGGUGCAGCCUAUUUUUUUAAUCGUGGAUUAUUGAGUUUGUAUUUUUCUUCUAUUUACCAUUAAUGCAUGUUUUUAGUGAUAUGUGAAAAUUGCUUGUUUUAUGUUGAUUGUGGUUAGCCUACAUAAUGUAUUGCUGAAGCAGGUUUUCAUGAUGAGUUCACUAAAUAUUCUUUAUAUGUUGCACAUCUUGAGAAAGUUACACAAUAUUCCGAUAAACAACGUGAAAGCCAUUCUGUACGGUAAGAUUUUCGAUAGAUAGAUAGAUGGAUAGAGAUGGAUGGAUUUUAAUUGUUUGGAAUGAUUUGGAAGGCCUUUUGAAAAUGCGUCCAAGGUUAUACAGUCUUUGUAAAUUAGCGUAGUCAAGUUGUGUCUGUGUCUAUGUGCUGGGUGAUUUUUUUUGUUUUAUAGCAAGAGAAUGCGCUGUAUGUGUAAACAACGAUGGUAUUAGACUAAAGAGGGUAAAGGUCAGUACAAGUUCGUGUUGGAGAGUGAGAAUCAGUCUGUGCGUCUCUGAAAUUGUCUCGUGCACCUGAAUUGAGCCAAUUAGAUGUCGGCAUACAGAUUUUCAAAAAUUUGAGCACUGGACAUUUGUGAAUGAAGACAGUCGAAAUGAAAAUGACGUGCAAUUACACACUUGUGAGGUUUGCGUAAUAUUUCGUUAAAAAAUAGAAAAUGUGGCGGGAAAAUUAAUUAUUAAUCACAUACUCAUAUAAAGUAAUUAUUUAUUGAUUUUAUCGCAUUUUAGAUUUCCUUUUUUAUCCUUUUCUUUUUCUUUUUGCGGUAAACGGAGAAAAACACUUGCGUCUGAGUGUUUAGAUAUGCCCUGGGGAUUCCAUUCUGUGCAACAAGAGGGCCCCCACCACACGUUAUCCUGUUGUCAGAAGUGCUCAGGAUUGGUCAGGCACUGAUCAGCUGGUCCGUUUCCCCGCGGUCUCAGAUUGGCACCUCGCCACCCCCCUUCGGCUAAAACCAAAUCUCAGAUAAAGUAAUGGCAAAAACCACUUGGACUAUAAAACACAACAAAUCAUAACACUCGGACAAUAACACUGGCCACCCCAUGAGUUCCUAUUUCGUCAACUCAACUUUUCCCGUGUCUCUACCCGGAGGACAGGAGUCUUUCUUGGGUCAGAUACCGUUAUAUUCCUCUGGAUAUACAGAUCCUUUAAGACAUUAUCCAAGCGCUACGUUCGGAGCUACCAAUGUCCAGGACAAGGUUUACACCUCAUCGUAUUACCAGCAAGCUGGGGGCGUUUUUGGGAGAAGCGGAUCCACCAGUGCUUGUGACUAUACAACACCCAACAUUUACCGAACCGCUGACCGCUCGUGCGCUAUCGGAGGUCUGGAAGACUCGCUGGUCCUAACCCAGGACCAGUGCAAGACGGACUGCACUGAACAGGGUACAGAGAGAUAUUUUAACAGUGAAGACAAACCGUGUACCCCGGUUUACCCGUGGAUGCAGAGGAUGAACUCGUGUAAUGGAAUGCCUGGUAGCACUGGCCGCAGGGGUCGUCAAACCUACACUCGGUUUCAGACUCUUGAACUGGAAAAGGAGUUCCACUUUAACAGAUAUUUGACCAGAAGGAGAAGAAUUGAAAUAUCGCACGCUCUCUGUUUGACGGAACGUCAGAUAAAGAUAUGGUUCCAAAACCGUAGAAUGAAAUGGAAAAAGGAGAAUAAAGUGAUGAACUCCGCAAAGGGCAGCGAAGAGGAGGAUGGUGGAAAGGCGGGGUAAAUGUUAAAAAGCAGCUUAUGACGAAGCUCUGGAAACAUUGUACAUAACACGUAGCCUGUAGUUUGAAUUAAUAAGUAAUGGUCUGUCCAACAAGAAAAAACUACCUAAUAAGUUUUAUGUUGCCCUAAAAAGCUUCAAGAGAGACUUUCUUUUUUCAUAAAAACAGGCGUCUAAAUCACCUUUGUGAAGACGGUAAAAGAUCUAUGGGAGGUGCUUUUACCACAAUUAUAUAUUUUGCGGUAUUUGGCCUAUCUAAACUAAUAAGACAAAUGCUUUCUCGCUCUUUGAACAUUCUAAUGCCUAUAAUUUGAAAGAAAACACAAGUUUAUGUUUAAACUUCAGGAUUAAAGGUCUUACAUUGACUGUGUGUUUCAAUCCAUGUUGUGUGCUAGAAAAAGAAGAAAAUGGGACAUUUUGAUGCUUAAUUUAUUGGGUCGUCACUUUUGUGUAUGUGUAUGUGAAUGCACUAAGAAUAAUACGUUAUCAUACUUUGUUAGCAAUGUCAUUUUGUCAAUAAAAUGAUUGUUUAACAA